UCCUCAAGCUCCAGGGAUGAGGCUCUGAGGGACAAACGUGCCCAGAUCCUGUCACGCGGGCUGCCGAAACAGAAGCCCAUAGAAGGAGUUAAGCAAGUGGUGGUCUUUGCUUCUGGAAAAGGGGGAGUUGGAAAAUCAACAACAGCAGUAAAUAUAGCCCUCGCCCUAGCAGCAAAUGAUUCGACAAAAGAAGUUGGUUUACUUGAUGCAGACAUAUAUGGACCUUCAAUUCCAAAAAUGAUGAACUUAAAAGGAAACCCAGAAUUAACAUCAAAAAAUCUACUGAGGCCCCUUAAGAACUAUGGAAUCGCAUGCAUGUCUAUGGGUUUCUUGGUAGAAGAGACUGCCCCGGUUGUGUGGAGAGGGCUCAUGGUAAUGUCAGCUGUUGAGAAAUUGUUGAGACAGGUUGACUGGGGUCAACUGGACUAUUUAGUAAUUGACAUGCCACCUGGGACUGGAGAUGUACAGCUGUCAGUCUCACAGAAUAUUCCGAUUGCAGGAGCUGUGAUCAUCUCCACUCCGCAAGACGUGGCUUUAUUGGAUGCACGCAAAGGAGCUGAAAUGUUUAGAAAAGUCCAUGUACCCGUAAGCCUCUACAUUAAAAAUACCA